AUGGACGAUGGCGAGGAUACGCCUGCUGGUGGCCAUCGGCCAUUAGCCCAAAGCCAUAAUAAUGGUGUCCCGUCGCCAAAAUUUUCGUUCGACUUUUCGAGUCAUCAAGCCGGUUAUGGGAGCUCGUCCGAAGAGGAUUCGUACGGCCAUAUGAUGACGGCUACGUCAACACAGGAAGAUGAGAACAUGCCUCUACUAGGCUCUCUUUCGGCAGCGUCACCUGUCGGUCAUAUUUCGUUAGAGUCCCACGGACCUCUGAUUGAGACCAGGACGGACUCAGCGCCUAUGGCUGUCAUGGAGCCCAAGGCUUCGACUGUCGAGGAAGCCUUUACUGCCAAGACUAUUUCCGCCGACAUGCCCCAUGGCCAACCUGGCAUUGAAGUUUCCAUACCUUUCAUUCCCCUGGAUAUUCGAGACCAGUAUGAGGAGGUGCAGAGUAAUACCAUAGAAAAAGUGUUGAGCCUUUUCAAUUCCACUGAGGACGGUGAAAUGUUGAAGUUGGAGUUAACGGACGGAAAACAAUGCAUGAUCUCGCUGAUUCAACUCGAAAGAUUUGAAAACGGCCCGCAUGCACUCGAAUCUUACUUCUUGCAAAUGGAACGGGCAGACCGAAAGCGCAAGUAUGCGCCCAAUGAUGACUGGGAGGCCGGCAGCAGCUCCAACGACUCCGAUGUCAUGGAUUUGGACGGUCACGAAGUAGUUGAUGCCACGGAGUUGGACGGUGAAGACGAAGGUAGCGAGCUCAUGCCAGCUACCCGCAAACGCAGCUCGCGAAAUCUCGAGAGAACUGUCUCGAGAAUCCAGCCGGAGUUGAAAAUGGAUGCCAGUGAUGACUCAGGCGCUGUGUUAUUCGACAACCGUCGACGCAGCACUAGGAAGAGGCAGCUGCGAUUUCCGCAGUCCCAUUUGCAGGAAAUGGAACAAGAGAGCAAUCCCAGAGCUCAAGUCGAAGAAGAUGAUGACGACCACUUCAUGCCGGUUGUUUCUGACAUUACUGUCAGCAAAGGCAGAGGAAGAAGCGCGCGGAACCGAACUCGACGACUCCAAACCCGUAAAACGGCAUCAGGGCAACAAGGUGACUCUGACAUAGAAUUCGAACAACCCAGGAGAUCCUCUAGGGCUACGCGAAACGUUAACUAUAUACAAGAUGACCUCGAUAUGGAUGAAGAUACAUUUACUCGAGUUGAUGAGAAACCCUCAGGGCUUCUCAAAGUCGCCACUGUCAAGGAACUUUUUCGACCCAUCUCCCCAGACUCGCCUUUCGCCAAAGUACACACAGACACCUGUCACGCCUGUGGCAGUUCCAGCAACCGCAGCCAGAUCAUAUACUGCCAGGGGUGUAGCUACGCCUACCACAAACCUUGCAUUGGCACUCGAAGUGCGCGUGAGCACCUAGUCACCAAGGUUGGGGAGGCAGAUUUUGUUUUACAGUGUCGAUUCUGCAUCGAUAUUCACAACAAGAAGGAUCCGCUAGCCCCACGGCGGUCGAUAUGUCAAACAUGCAAGGUAGCUGGCCUUUCUUGUCCCCCGUUUUCUCGGAGACAGACGACUCGUCAAGAGGAGAAAUUGCGAGAAGAAAACGGCGGGCUUGAUCCUAUCACACCAGUAUCAGCUGAACUUGUGCAUAAUGCCGCCAAUGUUCUCUUCCGUUGCACUAGCUGCAAUCGAGGCUGGCACCAACAUCAUUUACCCUCGAUAGGGAGUCCGAGUCCAGGAGGUACCCAGCCGGUGGGAGCGAUUAAGGAUUACUCCAUCGACUGGCAAUGCAACGAGUGCACAUCUGCGGAGCAAAAGAUUCAUCGGCUUGUUGCUUGGCGAACAAAUGCAGUGGCCCCUCUGACGGUUCAGCCAUUCUCGCAUCUCUGUGACGAUGACAGAGAAUAUCUUAUCAAAUGGGAGAAGACGUCAUAUUUCCACUGCACAUGGAUGCCUGGUGCAUGGGUAUUCGGCACUGCAGCCGCUGCUAUGAGAGCCUCCUUUGCCAGGAAGGCUCUGGAAGCCGAUCUGUUCAAAGCAGAUGAGAAACAAGCCAUUCCCGAGGAAUAUCUGACUAUUGAUAUCAUUUUCCGGGUGAAGUUGAAUCCUGUCACUCCAAGAGUUGAUUCUAUGGAAGAAGAUUUAGACAACAUGUCGCACAUCACUAAAGCGUUGGUAAAAUUUCAAGGUCUUGGGUAUGAUGAUGUGGUGUGGGAUCGACCACCACCCAGAGAUUCGGGCGACCUCUAUGAGGCGUUCAAACUUGCAUACCAAGAAUACCUUGCUGGGAGGUAUUUUGAGCACUCUUCGCAAGGUAGAAUGAGGGAGCGCAUAAAAGCUUUCAAGGAUGGAGAGCUCGAGGAAGUUGAAGUCCAACCAGCAGGACUCAAGCGAGGUAAGCUUAUGGGAUACCAGUUGGAAGGACUGAAUUGGCUCUUGCACAACUUUCACGCCGGGCGAAGUGUCGUUUUAGCAGAUGAAAUGGGACUCGGCAAGACUGUUCAAGUCGUCAGCCUAGUCGUCCAUCUUGUGCAAGAAAAUCCUAAAUGCUGGCCAUUCCUUAUUUCCGUCCCGAAUGCAACGUGCCCGAACUGGCGUCGUGAGUUCAAGCAGUGGGCUCCAGAGCUUCGAGUUGUCACCUAUCAUGGAGGUAAAGAGCCGCAAGACCUUGCGUACAAACACGAGCUCUUCCCAUUCGAUUCACGAGACAUGGCUGCACACGUGGUUAUCAUGUCUUACGACUCUACGCAGGACCCGAGCACAAGUCAGCGUUUCCGUUCUGUCAAGUGGGCGGGUCUGGUUGUCGACGAGGGCCAGCGACUCAAGAAUGAACGUAGCUUGCUGUACCAGGCACUGCGUGUAAUGAAGAUCCCGUUUCGAUUGUUGUUAACGGGAACGCCGCUACAAAAUAACAAAAGAGAACUGUUUAACCUGAUUCAGUUCAUAGACCAUUCCCAGAGCGCUGAGAAACUCGAUGAGGAGUUCCAGGUUCUUGAUAAAGAAACGUUGCCAAAGCUUCAUGACAAGAUUCGCCCCUAUUUCUUACGAAGAACCAAGGUCGGAGUGCUCAAGUUUCUCCCUCCCAUGGCUCAGAUAAUUUUGCCGGUCUCGAUGACAGUCAUCCAAGAGAAGCUAUCGAAAAGCAUUAUGGCGAAGAACCCCCAGCUUAUCAAAGCUAUUUUUGCUAACAGCAAAGUGAACAAGAAGGAACGUGGUUCGCUCAAUAACAUUUUAAUGCAGCUUCGCAAAUGCCUGUGCCAUCCUUUUAUGUAUUCAGAUGCAAUCGAGGAGAAACACGACGAUCCAGCAGUUAUUCACCGCAAUCUUGUAGAGGCUUCAGCAAAGCUUCUUCUUCUUGAGCAAAUGCUUCCCAAGCUUAAGGAGAGGGGUCAUAGGGUUUUGAUCUUCAGCCAAUUCCUCCAGCAGCUGGAUAUCAUUGAGGACUUUUUGAACGGAAUCGGUUACCAAUACAGACGACUUGACGGACAAAUGUCAAGUUUGGAAAAGCAGCGCCGCAUCGAUGCUUAUAAUGAGCCGGUCAUUAUCAUGGACCCCGACUUCAAUCCACACCAGGAUAUCCAGGCUUUAUCUCGCGCCCAUCGUAUUGGUCAAAAGCAGAAAGUCCUCUGCUUUCAGCUGAUGACGAAGGAUACUGUUGAGGAGAGAAUCAUGCAAAUCGGCAAGAAGAAGAUGGCCCUCGAUCACGCCUUAAUCGAGAGUAUGGAUGAUGACGACAUUGCCGGCGAUGACUUGGAGUCUAUUCUCGCACAUGGUGCCCAAGCACUAUUCAGUGAUGGUUAUCAGAAAGGUGCAAUUCAAUAUGAUGGCCCCUCUAUUGACAGACUUCUAGACCGGUCUCAAACUGAGCAGACAAAAGUUGAUGAUGAAGGAUCUGCUGAGGCGCAGUUCUCUUAUGCUAAGGUUUGGUCAAAUGAUAGGGCAAGCUUAGAAGAUGGACUGGCAGCGGCAGCCGAAGACGUGGCUCCCGAACCGAUUUCUUCAAGUGUUUGGGACAAGAUUCUUGCUGAACGAGAGGAAGAGGCUCGCCGUCAUGCAGAAGCAAACCAGGAGAAGCUAGGAAGAGGAGGACGCCGCCGAACUAUCCAUAACUACAAGCCCGACACAUUGGCAGGGUAUCUCCAGGAUGGUGAUAACCUUAAUCCCUCAGACUCCUCGGAUGACUUUGCGGGUGCCGAUUCUCCAUCUUCGUCCGACGAGGACAAUGCAGCAGAAGAAAGCGAAGCCCGUACUCUCUCCAAGAAACGGCCGACGACCGAAAUCCAGCAAGCCAUCAGGUCCGACAUCAACGCCCAAACCGGUUCCAACGAAGACAACCUCCAAAGGCACGGGCAAAGUCACCAGUUCAAAAAACCCGGCCGGCCUUACAAAACUAAACAAAAGACCCAAGACCAACCCCCCGGCCAAGCGACACGUACCUACGACCCCAUCGAAAGUGUCAAAGUCAAAUACAGAAGACACACGGACCAUGACGCAUCGCAAUACAAAACCAUCCCAUCAAAACACGAAGCGCACAACCAAUCCAUACCCUACGCCGACUCAGUCUCCAGCAACUUCACACCCAGUCUCAACACCAACUUCUCCGCUAACGGAGGCGGCCAAAUUGCCUCACCAGACCCUUACCCCUUCUCCUCGCCCCAAGGCCAAAAUCUCUCAAGCAAACGAAGAGCGCAAGUAAGGCGCCAUGAUCACGCAGCCUCUUUUCCCUCAUUAUCACACUCACGUCCCUCGCCCUCUCGAACAUCAACACAGAACCCCUCAUUAAGAUAUAACAACGACCCUCCAUUGUCACAACCGGGCCUACAAAUCGAGGGCUUUUCCGAAUCCGAAAUACGAGUAGCAAUAGACGCCGUUCAGCAUCUCCCAGUGAGAAAGUCAGCCAAGACUCCUCAAUUGCAAGUCCUUGCACAGAGGUUGUGGGAGAUUAACAAGCAGCAGCGACACGGCGCAGGCUAG